AAAUGCAGACCCACGUGCAGUUCCGUCUGGUCAGACUUCUGCUGCAGACAUCUGUGCUGCUCUUCGUCAUCUGGCACCACUGCAGCGCCAUGGAUCUUCAGACAAGGCCAUGCCGAGAAGGCAGCGACGACAUCACCCAAUGUCCCAAAAGUUUCUUCACUCUUAAGCGGGACAAUUGCGUGGAGCGGCACUUUUGCUAUCUGCAGGUGAAUGAGACAUGUUUCAACCAGGAGGAGAGCAGGUGUGCGCCAGGACUUACCUGUUCGUGCAACAGAUGCAUGAACUGCAACAUCCACUAUUGUGCGCUGGAACUCUGCACCCUACGUGAGUUCAAGAAGCGCCUGCCGAACCGCUUGCUGCCGUGGUACAGACCCCGCUGGAUGGAACUGGCCGCUGACAAGUAACCACCAAACGUGCAAACACCCAACCAACCGCCUGCUCAGCCCAAGGACCAAUCUCUUCAGUCUCCUCACACGUAUUUAACUAUUUGCAUCUGUAUGCAUUUAACAUAUUAAUCGCGAAUAAAUGACAUGAACAUGAAUCAUAUUAAAAGCAGAAUAAAACAGUCGUUGCAUGAAAAAUUCGGACAGAAACAUAUGUAACACUAUUUUUAUGAACUUUCAGAUCAAGUAGGCCGAGCAUUGUCAUGAUUUGCCGUAUCGACUGGAAAUAUUUUAGUCUGCGACUAGAAUUCUUUGGAAUAACACUUAAAUUCUUUUCUAAAUAAAACCUCUAGAAAUUAUACAAAAAUCUCUGUGGUUCCUAUAAAAAUUAAAAAUGUCAACACACGUUUUAAAGCGUUUGCGCGACCGCAAUCCAAGCAGGCGGCUGAUUGUUGUUUUUUUUUUUUGUGCUUUUAAAACUGAAAAUCCCUAGCAAGCCUGUGAAAAUAAAUAGAUAAUUAGAAAAUAUAACUUUUUUUGUUAUUA